GCAGGGCAAGAUGGCAUCCUCCGUCGCCGUGUUCAUUUGCCUGCUGUCCGUGGCCGCCGCCGCGGCCGCGUCCAUGGACCCGGCGGAGAGGGAAGCGCUGUUCCUCGUCAUGGAUGCGGUCUCGUCUGACCGGGACUGGCGCUCCGAGAGCCCCGACCCUUGCGGCGCGCCGUGGCCGGGGCUCGAGUGCAAGCCCGCCGGCGAUGCGGCCUCGGCGACGCUGCGCGUCACACGGCUCGACUUCGGCGUCGAGCCCAACCCGUCGUGCAAGGACACGGCCGCCUUCCCGCCGCUGGUGUUCUCGCUGCCCCACCUCCAAUCUCUUUUCUUCGUCAGCUGUUUCAAGAACCCGGCCGCCAACACGACCCUCGUCUUGCCGCCGGCCGCCAACCUCUCGUCCUCCAGCCUGCAGCAGCUCAGCAUCAGGGCCAACCCGUCCCUGUCCGGCGUGAUGCCGCCGCAGCUGGCAACCCUCAGGUCCCUGCAGGUGCUCACCAUCUCCCAGAACGGAUUGAUCCGCGGCGAGAUCCCGCAGGGCAUCGGCGAGCUAACGUCGCUGGUGCACCUCGACCUGAGCUACAACUCGCUCACCGGUCCGGUGCCGCGCGAGAUCAACGAGCUAAAGAGAUUGGUUGGUCUGGACCUGAGCUACAACUCGCUGUCCGGCCUCAUUCCGAGCCGGAUCGGCGAACUGCGGCAGCUACAGAAGCUGGACCUGAGCUCCAACAAUCUCACCGGCGGUGUCCCAGUCAGCAUCGCCAACCUGAGCUCGCUUACCUUCUUGGCGCUAAGCAGCAAUGGCCUGAGCGGUCACUUUCCUCCUGGACUCGCCGGCCUCCGGAACCUCCAGUACCUGAUCAUGGACAACAACCCAAUGAAUGUCCCCUUACCUUCCGAGCUCGGCAGUCUCCCUCGUCUUCAAGAACUCCGGCUGGCCGGCUCCGGCUACUCGGGACAGAUACCCGCUGCGUUCGGUCAGCUGGCGAGCCUCACGACGCUGUCACUCGAGAACAACAACCUCACCGGAGAAAUCCCACCGGGGCUAAGCAGGCUGAGCAGGAUGUACCACCUGAACCUGAGCAACAACGGGCUGGGCGGCGCCGUGCCUUUCGACGGCGCGUUCCUGCAGCGGCUCGGCCGGAACCUCGACCUGAGCGGCAACGCGGGGCUGUGCCUGGAUGACCGGAUGGUCGUGCGGGGCGUUGGCGUCGGCGUCGGCGCCUGCCGCGCCGGCGGCGGAGAUGGCGAUCGCUCGUUGGCGCCCGGUGGAGUUACGGGGGGAGCACGAGCAGCAGAAGUGACGAGGGGCUCCGUGGACGGUUCCCCGUUUCGGCUGCUCGGCCCUGCGUGCGUGGUGGUGUCCUGUGUCUGGUUUGCUUUGAAUUAGCACGUGUAGGUUUGUCUCGCUGUGAUGUACUACUGCCUAUGUUUAGAACUAAGUAUUACGUAGCUGUGUUUUCAAGCGCUAAUUAAUCUGCAGAUAAUUAUGUAAUUAGUAGUACA